AACUCUAAGUUUAUCAUGGCGUACAAAUUCGGGAUCCGUUCAUCUCUGACCUUGCUUGGUCUGCAAACAAGCAAGCAACAUUUAGGAAUCGCGAGAAAAGGUUUAAUUCGCAUGCAGCAAACGCGCGCUGCAAUGGAAAACGUCGACACGAAAUCAUACGACCAAAUUCCAGGGCCGAAGGGCCUGCCACUAGUUGGAACACUUUUUGACUACGUUCGAAAUAAGGGUCACACAAGAGUGCAUGAAAUUCAGGCCGAGCGAGUUCAAGAAUAUGGAGAGAUCUAUCGGGAGAAACUCCUUGGUCUGGAUACUGUAACCAUCUCCAACGCUGACGAUGUUCAGUAUUUGUUUCGAAACGAAGGAAAAUACCCCCAAAGGGAACCUCAGUUUCCUCUAUGGAUGAAAUAUAAAGAAGAACGGAAACAGGCCCACGGAGUGUUCAGCUUACAAGGAGAGGAUUGGUUUAAAGUUCGUCGAGUGUUGAACAUGAAAAUGCUGAAACCUAAAGUUGUUGGUGAAUACUCAAAACCACUAAAUGAUGUCAUAUCUGACCUGUUACAUCGGACUAAACAGACACGUGAUAGUGAUGGUGGCAUUCCAGACAUUCAACAGGAACUCUUCAAAUGGUCUUUGGAAUCGGUUGGCACGGUCCUUUUUGAAACAAGAUUUGGCACCUUUGGCAAAUCGCCGUCACCAGAAGCUGCCAAGUUUAUUGAAGCAGUGGGGAAAAUGUUCAAUCUGAUUCUGAAGGUAUAUGUUAUACCUCUUUGGAUUGACAAAUUCUACAGACCAAAGAGCUUUCGAGAAUUUUACGACUGCAUGGAUGUGAUGUACGACUUUGGCAACAGCUGUAUCGAAAACAAGUUGAGCGAAAUUCGCAGAAGACUGGAAAAUGGAGAAGAACAGGAUGAAGAUGCAGCGGAGUUUUUGAGUUUUCUGAUCAGCAGAGAUGACAUCAGUUCCACAGAAAUAACUGCAAACUUGGUGGAGAUAUUGAUGGCUGCUGUGGAAACGACGUCAAACACAAGCCUGUGGACUUUAUACCUGCUUGCCCGAAAUCCUUCUGUACAAAAGCAGCUUCAUGAAGAGGUUAGCGCAGUUCUUCAACCAGGUGAACUAGCAACUCCUGCAACUUUACAAAAAAUGCCUUUUCUUAGAGGAUGCGUAAAGGAAACCUUAAGGCUUUAUCCAGUCGCUACGGAAAACGCUCGCAUGCUUCAGGAAGACAUCGCCAUUCAGGGCUACCGCAUACCACCAAACACGAUGAUACGUGUUCCACUGUAUGCAAUGGGUCGUGAUCCAGCACUGUUUGAUGAUCCUUUGGAGUACAAACCUGACCGGUGGCUGAGGGAUGACACGAGCAAGUCCCAUUAUCAUGCGUUCGCCUCGCAACCUUUUGGAUUUGGCACCAGGAUGUGCCUUGGUCGCCGUGUGGCAGAACUGGAAAUGCAUCUUCUUUUAUCUCGGGUGUCGCAGAACUUCUGGCUUGAGUCGCUUAAUGAAGUGAAACCAAGGAUCACUGCGCUUCUUGUCCCGGACGGAGAAGUCAAAUUGAGAUUUAUUGACCGCUGAUAUCAAACGGACCUUAAAUGCACUAUACCAGCACAUCUGUUGCGUUUGAAACCUCAAUUUAAUCUGAUAAUUAGAGAUAAAAUCUGAAAAUUAAGGCCACUGUUUAGGUGGUCUUGAUUAGUUGGCGUAAUCUGCGCCAGCUUCGGCCGUCCAGGUCACUCACCCUUUUUGUUUUUCUUUGAGAUCGUUAAAAAUUUUAUUCAAGUGAAUCGAAUGGACGUUUGAUCGAUACUUGAAUUUCCUAAGUCUACUGUUGUGAGUAUGCAGGUCCAACGAAAACGUUAGUUGAUUUGCUGGCUUUUUUUUUUUUUUUUUUUCUUGCAGCUCUAUGAGUCACAUUUCAUAUUGCGCUGCAUAUGAUUCAAGUACAGAACAAAGAGAGAGUUAAAAUUUACCUUGAAAAUCAUCUCUACUCUGUAAAAAACAUUCGCUCUCAGAACUUUAUCAGAAAUAUUCCUCAGUGUUUGCUGCUUCAGCAGUGGUAACGAAUGAAAACAUUUAAACAGAAUAAGAAACGCCACAUUACGAUAGAACGCAACUAUUACCUCGGCGAAAAAAUAGGUGUCCUGAACUGUAGCCAAGCACUUCUGUCAGAAACUUUCACAAUUUCCGGUUUAUCCAUGAAGAUGUAUACUCCGAAAAUCGUGUAAAUUAGAAAGAAUACAUAAGAAUUUACCUUAAAUAAUUCAUGUAUACUUCUGUAUAACAAAGAUAAAAGUAAUAUGGUUAGGAGGCGUACUUCUCUAUUAACUGGAAUAACACGAAUAAAGAUGUUAUCACAUACUGAAA